UGGGCCCCUCCCAUCCACCCGGGUGCCCCCACCCAGGGACCAGCAGCACGUGCGGGUGACUCCCUGUCGCCCUUUUAAGGCGCCUGUCGCGCCGCGCCCCUUUUAAGAAGGGCCGGAGCGGUGCAUUGUGGAAUUUGGGAUCGAAAUGUAGCAGUGGCCGGGAAGGAGGCGAGGCGCGCGGCGGCAACAUUGUAGCCGGAUCAAAGGCGGAGCGGCCGGUGGCGGGCGCGCCGGAUCGGGACCAUGCGCCUGCGGGGCCGCGCCGGGCCGGGCCCCAGGUAGCCGCGGGCGGAGAGGAGGCGCGGAUGGGCGGCCUGAAGAGAAGCUGCUGCUGCUGAGGCUGCCGGUGACGCCGCCCGCGCCGCGGUGGGGAGCAGCCCCGGAUUGCCGGCCCGGCCUCCCGACCCCACCCCCGUCCCCACCCAGCCAGGUCUGGGCUGCAGCCGGAGGAGGCGGAGCGGCGGCGGCAGCGGCUGCAGCGCCGCGCACAAAGGCAGCAGACAUGAGCGAGUCAGUCAUUUGCAGCACUCGAGCGACUGUGAUGCUCUACGAUGAUGCCAACAAGAAGUGGCUACCCGCGGGGAGCGGGCCCCCAGCCUUCAGCCGCAUCCAGAUCUACCACAGCCCUGCCAACAACACAUUCCGGGUGGUGGGCCGCAAGAUGCAGGCCGACCAACAGGUGGUCAUUAACAGUGCAAUCCUGAAAGGGCUGAAAUACAACCAGGCCACGCCCAAUUUUCACCAGUGGCGCGAUGCCCGCCAGGUUUGGGGGCUGAACUUUGGCACCAAAGAGGAAGCCAGCCAGUUUGCCUCUGGCAUGUUGCAUGUCCUGGAGAUGCUGGAGUCGGGGAACGCUGCACUGCCCCGGCCUGUUCAGAAUGGCCCCUCCCCAGAUGAGGUGGUGGAACUGCAGAAAAGGCAGCAGCUGGAGAGGGAGCAGCAGGAGCAAGCGGAGCGAGAACGGCGAGUGGCGAUCUCAGCCCCUCCAGUGACCCCUUCGGCAGGAGGCCCUCCGGUGCCAUCAGGACCGCCCUCAGCGCCACCAUGCCCACCCCCUGGCCCCCCGCCAGGACUUCCAGGGCCACCCCCAGGAGUGCCAAGCGGACCGCCGCCUCCUCCCGGGCCUCCCCCGCCGCCAGGCCCACCCCCAGGCCCUCCCCCUGCCGGAGGGGGGCCACCCCCAGCGCCACCUCUCCCUCCGCCGGGCCCUGCUGGAGCUGGGGGGCCACCCACUGGCUUGGCGGCUGCUCUUGCAGGGGCGAAGCUCAAGAAGACUGGCAAGGACGAGGGACCAAAGCCCAGUUCCGGAGGCGGGGCCCCACCGGUUGGGCCGAGUGGGGGUGGGCUCAUGGAGGAAAUGAGCGCGAUGUUGGCGCGACGGAGGAAGGUGACGGAACAAGGCGAGAAGCCCAUUCCAAAGAAAGAGGAAGGCCCAACACACCAAGAUGACAUGGAAGCCGUUGGCGCCAAGACCACAGACUCCUUCCGGAGGCCUUGGGAGAAGACCAGCACGACGCUACCCAGGAAAACGGUGACCCCAAGAAGCACCACGACCCAAGCCCCAGCCCGGCCUCCAGUUCAAUUUAGGAUGAAAUCCGCUGGAGCAAUUACUGGCUCGGAACCUGCCGGUGGCGGAGGGGACGAGUCUGAGUUGGAACGGGUGAAACAGGAACUACUGCAGGAGGUCCGGCGGGAGCUACAGAAAGUGAAAGAAGAGAUCAUACAGGCAUUCAUAACGGAGCUGCGGAAGCGGGGUUCCCCUUAGCCCCCUCCACAACCGCCUGCUAUCUGGAGUCAGCAAUUUAACUUUCCCCAAAGUGUAGAAAUGAAUAAAAAACGAGAGAAGCCACCCCUAACCCUCACACCCCCUUCCCUGUCAGCUCCCCGGCCUCUGGCCCCCACUGUGCAAUUUCAGGGUGGGGGGAGAGAGACUAUCUGUGGUGGGCCCCCCACCCCAGGAAGGGCAGGACCCCCGCCUGUGCCUUACCCAGAGCAAUAGCAGCGCCCUUUUCCUUCCACUCCCCCGCCACGAGAGGCUGUUUCCACGGGAGGUGAGGGGGCUGUUUCCCUGGAGGAACUGGCCCCUGCCCCCCUACACUGUGCCAUUCCCAGAGAGGGCCAGCCCCUCAGGCCCCGCCCCACCUCCACCCCACCCCACCCCACCCCACCCGUCAUCAGUCUAUGAGACUUUGUUUUUUUUGUGUUUGGUUUUCUGGGGGUGGGUGGGGUGUAGGCAGCCCACCUAGAGCCUGGGGCCUCAGAGCGGGGAAGAGGUGGAGGGAGCAUCUCAUUCACAAGGAGGCGGCUUCCGGAGCUCCCACUCACCAAACUGCAGAAGUUUGCUUUCCUUUAAGGCGCUGGUUGGCAAUGUAGCAGCCCUCCUGGGAGCGUGGGCCGGCUCCCUUCUGUGCCCCCUUCUUGUCUUGUGGCCUCCCUGACUAAUCCAGGAGCUGAGGGGUUGGGGUGGCGGGGAAGGAGUCCUCAGGCCUUUCCUCCUGCAGAAGAGGCGGCUGCUGGGAUAGUUGCCGCAGCGGCGCAUCCCGGAGCGAGUGGAGCAGCAGUCUGAGGCCAGCGCUUUAGCUGGCCGAAAUCUAGUCUUGACCUGCUGGUUGCCAACCACCACUUUUAAGGACAUCCCUACCUACACCACACGCCCCCAGCCACCCAUGCAUGCAGCACGCCCCAGAAGAUGGAACUCUGCCCAGCCGCAAGGAAGGGCCCCAAGCCCCCCACCGCACACGUUCCAGGACCCUUCCUCAUUUUACGCACUGUGCUCAUUCCUCUUGUUUUUUUGUUUUUAAACACACUGUGAUGGUGGCGUUCUUUAGAAUAUUUUAUCUGAUACCCCUUCUCCCUGCCCCCACCUCUCUGGGUAACUUAUUUUUAUUUUUACCCCUCUACCUCUUUCAGAGGCAGUGGAGGGGAAACAGGGCAGGAUCUUGGCUUUUCUACCAAGCUGUAAUUUUUGACUUUGUUUUAUUAUUUUUGUUGAGCUGGAUGGAAUAUUAUAUUUUGAUUUUUUAAUUAUUAUUAUUACUGAUUGCUAGGUCUUUCUGCCUGAUUUCUACCCACUCUCCUGACACAAGGCACCCACUCACCUGCAGAUGGGCACUAGGACCUCGAGCACGUACACCAAACUUCUCUAGGAAUAAAUCUUUUCCUUUUUGUAAAUUGCAAAA